GGAGCGUUUGUGUACUACAGUGCAGUGUUGACAUGACAUCACCUCCAUAACCAAAGAGGGGAUUACUUCUGCUUUUUUAGCUUUUAAAUUUAAUUAACCUCAAUAUCAAGUUUGGAUUUUGUUAAGAAAAUCUUUGAUAUUUGGAAAGCCGGUUCUAUUAUUGCCAAAAUUGUUGUUUAUUGAGACACCUUUAUCUAGAAAUAUGGCUGCUGGAAGCAUUGACCUAUUAGAUGAAGAUGCUGCUGACUUGCAAUUUCCGAAAGAAUUUGAAAAUGCGGAGACUUUGCUCAUCUCUGAAGUCCACAUGCUGCUGGAACAUCGCAAGGCGCAAAAUGAAAGUGCUGAGGAAGAACAAGAGUUUUCUGAUGUAUUCAUGAAGACUUUAACAUAUACAGAUAGAUUUCGCAAGUUUAAAAACAAAGAGAUCAUUGCUUCUGUUCGAAACUUAUUAACCCAGAAGAAAUUACACAAAUUUGAACUGGCUUCCAUAGCAAAUCUGUGUCCAGAAACACCUGAGGAGGCAAAAGCCCUAAUUCCAAGUUUGGAGGGCAGAUUUGAAGAUGAAGAGUUACGACAAAUCCUGGAAGACAUUCAAACAAAGAGAAGUUUACAAUACUAAGUGUUUAAUCAAAAUUGUACCAAUAAGAUUAUUUAUGUUUUAGCUGUGAUUAUAAUAAAUUCUUUCUUACAAA